AUGGCCUCCAGUAUGCCUCCCGUCCCCGCGAAGGACGAUGUUCGAGCAACAUGGGCCUAUCUCGAAGCCGGCGUUGAAAAGAUCAUGACCGACCUGCGUGGUGGCAUGGACAUGAAGACAUACAUGGGCCUCUACACCGCAAUCCACAACUUCUGUACCGCACAGAAGGCUGUCCACGGCACUGCCUUCUCUCAUACUAGCAACCGCGGUGGCGCACAUCUCCUCGGCGAGGACCUCUACCAGCAUCUCAUCGAAUACCUGAAGCAGCAUCUCGCUGGGGUGCAGGCCCGAUCCAGGGAGCAUGUCGACGAAGCUCUUCUCACAUUCUACAUUAAGGAGUGGAACAGGUAUACAACAGCAGGCCAGUACAAUAACCAUCUGUUCCGUUACCUGAACCGACAUUGGGUAAAGAGGGAGAUGGACGAGGGCAAGAAGAACAUCUACGACAUCUAUACCCUGCACCUUGUCCGGUGGAAGGAGGACAUGUUCAUCGGAACACAGGAGAGCGUCAUGCGAUCUGUUCUCAAGCUUGUCGAGAAGCAGCGUAACGGCGAGACCAUCGAGCAGUCCCACAUCAAAUCCGUGGUGGACUCCUUCGUUUCCCUCGGUCUGGACGAGUCCGACAGCUCAAAGUCCACGCUCGACGUUUACAAGGAGUAUUUCGAGGCCCCCUUCUUGAAGUCAACCGCAGAGUACUACGACAACGAAUCGAAGCAAUUCCUUGCUGAGAACAGUGUUGUUGAGUACAUGAAGAAGGCGGAAUCCCGACUGGACGAGGAGCGAGACCGCGUGCCUCUCUACCUCUUGAGCGAGAUCAUGUCGCCACUGAUGCGAACCUGUGAGAAAGCGCUUAUCACCGAACAUUCUGGCGCGCUACGAGAGGAGUUCCAGAUCCUGCUCGACCAUGACAAGCAGGACGACCUUGGCCGCAUGUACAAACUUCUUGCCAGGAUACCGGACGGCUUGGACCCUCUGAGGAAUCGCUUCGAGACCCAUGUACGAAAAGCGGGUCUGGCCGCCGUUGAGAAGGUUGCUCAGGAAGGCGAAAGCCUCGAGCCAAAGGUCUAUGUCGAAGCUCUCCUCGAGGUACACACGCAGUAUCAGGAUCUGGUCAAUCGUGCUUUCAAUGGUGAAUCUGAGUUCGUUCGGUCACUAGACAAUGCCUGCCGCGAGUUCGUCAACCGUAACAAGAUCUGUAAGUCAGGCUCGAACAAGUCCCCCGAACUUCUGGCAAAAUACACCGAUACGCUCUUGAAGAAGUCUUCUGCGAAGAUGACCGAAGAGGACGACAUGGAGAAGCUCUUGAGCCACAUCAUGACCGUUUUCAAGUACAUCGAGGACAAGGAUGUGUUCCAGAAGUUCUACUCUCGCAUGCUUGCCAAACGUCUCGUCCAAGCAACCUCCGCAUCCGAUGAUGCCGAGACAAGCAUGAUCUCCAAGUUGAAGGAGGCUUGCGGUUUCGAGUACACCAACAAGCUCCAGCGCAUGUUCCAAGACAUGCAGAUCUCCAAAGAUCUCAACACUAACUACAAGGAAUGGCUCGAGGCCAACUUGGACACUGAAGACCUCAAGACUGCUAUCGACGCUAGCUACCACAUCCUUGGCACUGGUUUCUGGCCUUUGACCCCGCCGACAACCCCCUUCACCCCUCCGCAACUGAUCGUUCAAACAUAUGAGCGCUUCUCUCGCUUUUAUAACAACAAGCAUCAGGGUCGUAAGUUAACAUGGCUGUGGCACUUGUGCAAGGGCGAGAUGAAGGCCAAUUAUUGCAAGGUCGCUGGUACCAAGGUCUCGCCUACCUUCCAAGUCUCUACUUACCAGUUGGCGAUUCUACUCUUGUUCAACGACAGUGAUACUGUUUCGUAUGAUGAGAUCGCCGAGGCUACCAAGCUUCUGAAGGAGACGCUUGAUCCUAGCAUUGGAGUCUUCGUCAAGGCCAAGGUUCUGAUCGCGGAGCCGGAGGGUGCGAAGACUGAAAAAGGAACAGUGUACAAGCUAAACACCGGAUUUAAAACGAAGAAGAUCAAGGUGAACUUGAACAUCGGUAUCAAGAGCGAGCAGAAGCAAGAAGUUGAGGAUACGCAUAAGACCAUCGAAGAGGACCGCAAGUUGCUGAUGCAGUCUGCCAUUGUGCGUAUCAUGAAAUCGCGCAAAAAGAUGAAGCACCAGCAGCUUGUCUCGGAGACCAUCCAACAGAUCCGAAACCGCUUUACUCCUCGUGUCCCCGACAUCAAGAAGUGCAUUGAUAUCCUCCUCGAAAAAGAAUACUUGGAGCGCUUAGAUGGCGAUGAGCUCGGCUAUCUCGCUUAA